AUUUCAUUCGCGGCACCAGAUGCUGCGCAUGUCAACUUAUACUGGAGCGGAAAUCAAACUAUUCUCAGGGGCUGGGGUCGUCCGGAAGGGGUUUCGCGACACGCAAGGCCCGAGGGCAAAUUACGGAAGGUGACGCUUCAUGCAUUUCCAGUACGUUUCUUACAUUCAAAUGCCUACCAUCAGUUUUAUCAGCGAACCCCUCCGCAGCAGGUCUGGAUUGAAAACAUGGAGAAUUUUAGGAGCGCUCUGUUCCCCAUUCACCGCCUUAUAGGCAGAGAUACUACGAUUCCACGCGUUAGGGUUGCAUUGAUAGAUGAUGGUGUAGAUCUUUUGAACUUGGACAUGUACAACAACACUGUUCAAGUUACUGGUAUAAGCUAUUAUCCUCCAAAUGGAUUGAUCGAGCAGCCAUGGCACCAAUCAACCAAUGGUCACGGUACAGUCAUGGCCAACAUGAUUGUUCGCCUUAACCCCUGGGUCUCUCUCGACGUUAUGAAGAUACAUGACAGCAUUGAUUAUAGUUCUAGGAGCAAAACUCGAACGAUAUACGCCGACAGCGCUGCCAAGGCGAUUGAAGACGCUAUAAUCCGCAAGGCUGACAUCAUCUCUAUGUCGUGGACUAUCAGGAAAUUGGUCGGGUUCAAUGCCAACUCAGACGUCGGAAUCAGCGAAGAGCACAAAAGAUCUCCUGAGCUGGUUGCCAUGAGGAAACUCCAUGCAGCUAUUGAGAAGGCAAAGAGCAACAGCAUACUAAUGUUUUGCUCCGCUGCUGAUGACAUCAAACAACUCGGUAGGGAAUCUCUUCCUUUCAGCGCGGCGCCGGACUGCAUUUUUCGUAUUGGCGCCGCGCUAUCAAUGGGUCAAAGAGAUCCAACAUCCGAAGACGUCAAAACAAUAAGUUAUUUCUUCCCUGGAAACCAAGUAGCCGAUGCUAGGAACCCUCGAUCAUCAAAACCUGUCGAGUACCAUGACGGAUCAUCUGUCUCUACUGCCCUGGCAGCGGGUCUUGCUUCGCUGAUAAUUCAUUGCGCAAAUGUCGCAACUAUGCAUGAUAAUGAUCAAAAGCUCACCAACCUUGCUUCGCAACUUCGUAAGCACAGGAACAUGUGCAUCGCAUUUGAUAACAUCAACGAGAAGGAGUAUGCGGACAAAAAGUUCUUGCACGUCUGGAGAAUGUUUGGGGAUGCUACAACGCGCAUAAACAUCGUCAAAGGGAAAGACGAGAAAAUAUCCAAACUAAAGGAUCUCGUGACGGCUCUCUGUCAUAAGCUUGAAGACUAA